GCCGUGAUUAAAAGAGAAUUUUGAUUGGGUGAAGAUGAAUCCUUCGGUCAGAUUAGCGUUUCUUCUCGUCUCUUUGCUGGUGGUCAUAAGCCACUGGUCCUUUGACACACUUGGUCAGGCUGUCACCCAAACUGAACAACAGAUCGUUUCCAGUAACACCAACUUCGCGCUGAAGCUUUACGAGAUUCUCAAGGCCAAAUCCGGAAACAUUUUCUUCAGUCCGUUCAGCAUCACGACUGCUUUAAGCAUGGUCCUUCUCGGUGCUAAAGGAGAUACCAGCUCAGAAAUGAAAAGAGUGAUGGGUUACAGUAACCUUCCCUCUAUUCAUGAAGAUUUCAAACGCCUUAACACCAGACUAACAAACCCAGGAAAAGAAUACCUCCUCCGUAUUGCCAAUCGGCUCUUUGGAAAAGAAGGAUUUAACUUCAAUCAAAAGUACAUUGAUGACAGCGGACGGUACUAUGAUGCUCCUCUCGAUCUACAGGAUUUCAGCCGCCCUGCCGUCACAACCAGGUACAUAAACAAUUGGGUAGAACAACAGACAAAUAACAAGAUCGUCGACCUCCUGCCAAACGACUUCAUCGACCCCCAGCUCAUCCUAGUCCUGGUGAAUGCUAUAUAUUUUAAGGGAAGUUGGACUAGUAAGUUUUCAGAGUCAAACACCCGUCCCCAACCGUUCUUCACAUCCAACGUGAACCAAGUAAACGUGCCUAUGAUGUUUCAACAACAAAACUUCCCGUAUGGUACCAGUGCCUCGCUGAAAUGCAAAAUCUUGAAACUACCGUAUCAUGGUGACGCUAGUAUGGUCAUCUUCCUCCCAGACCAAAUUGAUGACCUUGGUCACCUGGAAAGAUCACUGACCAGCGCAUCGGUUGUGGAUGAGGCUUUGUCCACAAUGAGGGACCAGACAGUCAACGUGUAUCUGCCUAAGUUCAAGUUGAGUGACAUUCAAUUAGAUCUAAAACCCGUUCUUAUUCAAAUGGGAAUGUCAAAGAUGUUCACACGAGGCGGAGCUGAUUUGUCAGGAAUUGGCGAGAACCCAGGAGAUCUGUUCGUCUCCAAGGCGAUCCACGAGGCUUUCGUUGACGUCAACGAGGAAGGAACAGAGGCGGCGGCUGCUACGGCCAUUGGCGUGGGUUAUGGGUCAGCGGUUGUUCCUGACUUCCGAGCUGACCGACCCUUCAUCUUCCUGAUUCGCGAGAAGUCAUCGGGCACCGUACUGUUUAUGGGCAGAGUUAUGAACCCCGCUGCAUAAUAAGCAAGAAUUCAAAAAAGAAUCACGAAAUGAACACUUAACUCCUCGUUGUUGUCUGAAUUACGUUUUUAACAUGUGAAAUCUAUCAAAAAAUAAAAUGAUGGUAUGCAAAAUUUGACAAGAAUAGUAUUGUACUCAUGAUAUAGGUUUUAUGUCUUUUCAGAUUUCAGGUUUUAAUGUUUCCAUCCGUGUACUAGUAACUGUACUUUCUUAAGUGAAUGCACGAGUACGGUUCUUCUCUGCUGAUUG